AUGCCUGCACACAAGAGAGGUCCUUGGUCCCAGCAGGAGGAUCACAUCCUCAUGAGCCUUGUCCACUCUCAGGGCGCCCACAACUGGGUCCGCAUCUCGAGCAUGAUGGGCACUCGCUCUCCCAAGCAGUGCCGUGAGAGAUACCACCAGAACCUCAAGCCCAACCUCAACCAUGAUCCCAUCACUCCCGAGGAGGGUGAGUUGAUUGAGCAAAUGGUCGCCGAGAUGGGCAAGCGCUGGGCCGAGAUCGCUCGUCGCCUUCGCGGCCGCAGCGACAACGCUGUCAAGAACUGGUGGAAUGGCGGCAUGAACCGCCGCAGACGCAACGCUCAACGCCGUGCCGAGAUGGAAACCCGUCAACAGCAGCAGCAUGUUCAACACCAGAUGAUUGGCCAGCCUGGCCAAGUUGUUCAGCAACACAUGCCUGAGCAGGCCAUGUACUUCAACUCUGCCAUGCAAAGACCCCAGUAUUUCGACCAGAACCAGCUGCCUGCCAUCUACCAGCAGCAGGCACACAUUGCCACGCAGCAAGCUCAUUAUCCUCAGACCCUG